ACACGUCGGAAGCAUAUGUUUGGCAAGCUACGUCAAGUACUCGAGCGGCGUUAUGCAGGUACCCGCGGUACGUCGCCUGUUCAUGUCGGCAACUCGCAGCCUCCUUGCCAUCUCACCUCGCAGAAAGAGGGGUCUCCUCUUCCCUUGCCAACACUCUCGCCCUCACCGUCCUCGUCGUCCUCAGCAUCUUCUUCUCCGUCUUCUCCAGCUUCUCCAUCCUCACCACCAAAUAAGCCCAUCGCCAUACCAACCCGCGCACCUCCCCAAGAGCCAGCUAGCCCCAACUAGCCCAUAUCCCGCGAUCGCCCACGGGGGACUUCCCGGCGAAUGAGUGUACCAUUGAUUCAACUCGCCAGCACCCAGCCCACAACCCCCCCGCUGCCACCAUGGUCAACCUCGCCAACUUGGCGCUAGUGUAUCCUGGACUGCUCCUCGUGGCGGCAGGCUUCGCGAUUUACGUCCAAGUCACCUCUAGCACGCUCGCCCUACCCCUCGCCACGGGCACCACCGUGCUUGCCAUCCUGCUGCCUUUCUUCGCCGCUGGAAACCUCUUUCUCACAUCCGCUGCCCGUCGCGUCCCGGUCGGCGCGCGGACUGGUUCUUCCUCCUCCUCUCCCUCGCAGUCAUUGCCCCGCUCGCUCGCGUCCCUCGCGGCGCUAGUGCAGUUCCUCCCCGCCGCCCUGCAGCUGCUCCAGGGCGUGCUGACCGUUGUAGUGGCGACGCUCGCGGCCGAGCGCGUCACCCCGGGGCGCACGCUGGGAUGCGGGCUCGAGGGAAACUGGCAGCGCAUGUGGAGCGCAAAUGACGGUCAGGAUAUCGAGCGUAUCCAGAACGCGUUCAACUGCUGCGGCCUGCGCUCACCCGUAGACCGCGCCUGGCCGAAGAGGGGGGAAAUCCCCUGCACCAAACUGUACAACCGAGCCAACUCCUGCCUCGCGCCCUGGCAGGAAUCCGCCCAACGCGCCGCCGGCUUCGAGCUCACCAUCGCCCUCGUCCUCGGCCUUUUCCAGCUCGUCCACCUCGUUCUCUUCCGGCUCCGCCGCGCCAACGGAGGCGGCUCCGGGGCCGAGUACAGACGAAAAUUUGACAGCGUCGCUACCAACCCCAGAGGGCGCCUGAUCGAGGAUGGUACGGAUGACGAGGAGGCCAGUACCGGGGCUGAGCGCGGCGGGGACGAGCCCGGUGUUGGUCGUCGAGAACACAGGGCCCUAGAGGAGGGGCCGAGCCGACCCCGGCUCGAGCCGUCGAACCUGGGAAGCGAGCAGAACGACUGGGCUUAACCGCCAGUGGCAGCUACUCUCGUUAGUUGGUUUAUCGGGAGUCUUUCUAAAUCUACCGCGUCCAGUCUGUUCUUGAGGCGGAAGGCGUCCGCAGAGGGGAAGGACGGCACGGAAUUGGAGGUCUCAGAUAUAUGCAGACACGCUUGGGUGGGGAGGCAAGCCAGAAGCAGGCCCGGAAGUAGUGAGGCAAAAACUUCUACAGAAGAGCUACGGCAACACAUAUGAUGAAGUAAACGACAGGACGAGAAGAGGAAGAGUCUGCAACUUGCCACAGGUCACGUAACAGAGUCGGCGGUCCCGAAGUGUGGUGGGUGCUGGAGUAAGCGCAAUCUAGGCGAAUAGCGAAUGCUGAAUGGGAACACGGCGCGAACUCCGAUUCGCUGGAGGGGGGUCUAUCGAGAAGGAAUCCGAUUGUGUUGUUUUGCCUAGGUGUCUAUAUAAGUGCUGCUUGGUAUUAUAUAAUUUGUACCAACCUGCCUUAGGGAGUUGUGGAGGAAGAGGGGGGUUUCCCUCCCCGGCGGGGCGGGCUGAGAUAGUCUUGCGCGAACUCGGUAAAUCUGGGGUCUUUUACCACGACUCAACUCCCGACAGCCGACAGGAACUUGUAAUAGUCGGUCAGGUGGGCAGCUAUGCCUGCCUAAGGUCCAUAAUGCACGUAGCCUCUUUCAAUAACACAGGAUGAUCUUGAGGCCAUGAUCUUGAGGCGCGGAUCCGCUGACUCCUUCACU